UUUCUUUUUAAGCUUGAGCGGUUAUUUGUUGCUGAUCCAUCAAGGGUGCUUGAGGCUCAGUCUGGCUCCGAGCAUUGUCACCAAGUUGAUCUAGGUCGGAUUCUUUCAGAAGAAAUGGCAAAUUUCUCCAGCCAGGACAGGAAUAAGCUAAUGCAAUUACAGGGUCAAGUGGCGGACGUUUCAUUAUUGAUGCAGCAAAAUAUCAGUGAUCUUAACGAACGUGGAACAAAACUAAAUGAACUUUUUGACAAAACCGAACAAUUUGAAGCUGACGCGCAUAUGUUUGAAAGUACCGCACGGCGAGUAAAGGAAAAAACUUUUUGGGAAAACUGCCGCAUGCGGAUUAUCCUUUUUGGUGCGAUUUUCGCCAUUGUCCUCAGUAUCCUUCUCAUCAUCCUCUGGCAGUCAGGAGUUUUCGACAAGAAGUAG